AAAUUAGUUAUGGAUUAAUCUAAGUUUUGAUCUAUCAUGUCCAAGGACAGUGAUAGUUCUGGCGUGAAAAAUCUGUGCUUCAUGGGAACUCUUUAUAGGUGAGUUGCAUCCCAGUGGCUAUUCAUGUACUUGGAGACUUCAGUAGAUGAAAUUAAUGCGGUACGAGCAGCUUCCUUACAUCGGAGAAGGUAACUUUCAGCAUUACUGUACAUCAUUUGCACUGUUUACAGAAAGUAGUGCAAUCAUAUGACAGUUGUUCUAAAGGAAAACCCAAACUAAGGUUAAAGGAUUUACAAAUAUCUAUUCUACGUAUACAACUCAGGCAAUCGCGAUAUUAAAAAGGCCACGGUCAAACUACAAAUCAGAAGUGCACGGCUUCCGUUAUUUUUACAAAGACAAGCAUGGGUAUCAUUCUAGAAGGGAAAAUGACCAUAUUUAUACAAAAGAUUGCUAUUUACCGCUGUUUUAACAUUGCAUCAUGGUACGUUGAAGAGAAGUUUUUACCAUUAGUUUUUCCCAAUUCAAUGUCUAGCAGUAUUCCCAAUCUAUCGUCCUACGAAAUAAAACAGUUUCAUGUUGAUCCAUCCGGAUUUAUUUUAAACAUUUCCAAGAUAGUAUGUACUAGAUAGUUCGGAUUGGGCACGAAAUUUUGUUUCGUGUGCUCGGAUCGUAUCCCAGGUUAUCAGGCGGUGAACGUUAAGUAACAACCAUUGGGUUUGAAAGGCUUAUCGACAAUUACUUUAUUCUUUAGUCUGCAUACAGCUUGCUCUAUAUCACACCAAUAUCGUCGUAUCUCAAAAGUCGUAAUUCAUUCUUCAAAGUGCAAACAAAAAAGAACUACUGUAUAUCUGGAAAUCUCUAGUUGUAAGUCAUAAUGAGCUAAUAGCGCUUUAUAGCAGAUCGCCGAGUUCGUAAGUAAAAAAUGCUGAAUAUGACAUGCAAAUGCCACCAAAAUUUAACAAGAUGCGCGGCUGUGAACUGAGCAAGCGGUUUGGCGGCCAGCAGAACUACCUGCAAUUGUCCCUUACAUUCGAGAUUCGUGUUCGUGCAGAAUCCAAAGCGGCGAAGCGACGCUCAAGGGGGCGUGACUUACCUUUUGUCUCUGCCGAUCUUUCUCUGUGCUGUGAAUGCACCGCAACCGAGAGACGCGCAAACAGGCUACAGGCAGCGGUAAGCGUGGUUGGUUGUGGUAACGUGCUGCAUAUCCACCGAAACACACUUAUCGUUUAAUAUUACAACGUCGUCAACAGAAGACAUUUCGAAGUGCUAAAAACCGAUAAAGUGAAUUGUGAAAAACGUUAAACAAAAGUUUGAUUUAUUCUUAUUUUUUUCCACAUUUAGCGUCUCAUUUGUUUGUUGGAGGAUGUUUAGCGACAUUGCAAUGGUGACUUGACAUUAAACCUUUUUAAUUCACUCUUCGCGUUGACGCUCAAGCGUCGUGUAAUAUCAGACCCAUCAUCAUGGCAAGCAGUUCUUUAUUGUCUAACGUGACAAAUGUUACGACAGAGUUGGCCAGUUCGUCCCGUGAUGAAAAACUUGCUUCUAUUGAGAUCGGAACGCUCUCGUUCAUUCUAUUGUUGGCCGUCACCAGCAAUUUGACUAUGUUAAUCGCGAUAUGGCGUCAACGUCGUAAUCGUCCACUAUCUCGCAUGUAUUUUUUCAUGAUGCAUUUAAGCCUGGCAGAUUUAUUGGUAGCGCUUUUCAACAUUUUGCCGCAAUUGGCAUGGGACAUAACCUAUCGAUUUCACGGUGGUGAUGUGCUCUGCAGAUUCGUCAAAUACACGCAGAUUAUGACGCUCUACCUCAGCACGUACAUCCUGAUGUUUAUGGCUGUUGAUCGUUAUCGGGCUGUGUGCUGUCGAAAUUUACACUGGAACUCGCUCAAAGUGGCUAAGUGUUUCGUGGCCGCAUCGUGGGUGAUGUCUAUGCUGUUCGCCAUUCCGCAGGCUGUCAUUUUUCACGAAGAAGAAAUCAGUGUCGGCGUGACUGACUGUUGGGUCCAAUUUGCCGAGCCGUGGGGCGCCAAGGCCUAUGUCACCUGGUUCGUUGUUUCUAUUUUUGGGGCCCCACUUCUGGUCGUUGCUGUGUGUUAUGGCGUCAUCUGUCGACAAAUUUGGAUUUACAGCCAAAGUGCUCAACCUUCACUUUUGCCAUCAGACAAUUCCGCAAUUCCGUCGCAUUCGUCCAUUACCGAAACCGGAUCUACGUUAUCCGUUAUGAGGCGUUGGUUCCUAAGAGCUGGCAUGCGCUGGCAAAAAUCACGGAAUUCGAGUAAUGCCAUCAAAAAUAAUUCGGCGACGGCCUCACAAUUAUCAGACACCAUUCCCAUGCGGAGUUUAGCCACUCAGCAAGCCAGUAAUCCGCUUUCCACGGAGAAUAAAAUCAGCCCGAUGCUCCCGCAGCCUCCACCGGCUGCACCUCAGCGCUGCCAACAGAUGUCAUUGCGACGCUCCAACAGCAACCAGAACCGCAUCACAAAAGCCAAAAUGAAAACAAUCAAGUUGACACUGGCCGUCGUCUUGUGCUUUGUUGCUUGCUGGGCACCUUUCUGUAUUACUCAACUUAUCAUGGUCUACUGUCCGCCUACCAGUCAAGCAGACGUAAGUCCCGUCGCUGUUAUUAUUCUUCUGCUAGCUUCAUUAAAUUCCUGUUCCAACCCAUGGAUUUACCUUGCAUUCAGUGGCAGUCUUCUCAACCAAAUGAGGGUAUGUUUAGGUUUACGUUGGCUUCGUGGACAGGACAAGGACAGCAUUGGUGAAGACGAUCGUCGAGGAGCAGCAGGCCCAGCUGGGGGUCAACCUGCCGACACGAACCAUCGGUUUGGCCGAGGACCGAGACGUGCCCAAACGCGUGACCAGCACCGUCAAGUCAUGGCUGAACAACAGCUUUUACCGGCCGGUGAGCAGCACCCAGCAAUGCUGGCCACCAAAUGCACUCGUGCAGAUAUUGUGACUCACUUAGGUAACACCAAAAAGCUGCAGUUCCAACAGAACCAUCAACACGUGGAAAAAAUUGGCUGAACUAGGGAAAGCUUCCCAGCGAACCCCCUCUGAGUCGUGCAAACAAGAAAAGAAAAACAAAACCGCGCUGAUCCGUCAAAAGUAACGCAGUCCAUGCUGCCUGGACGUUUUCCCCACUUGAAAGGAAAAACAAAAAAACAAGAAAUAUCUUUCAGUGUUCGCUUUUUGAAGCGCGUCCUAAUUUUUCAAUGUUUGUGUUUAUUUAUGGUUGUGACUGCUGCUCUGACGCAGAGAUCUCAUCCGUUUUUCGCUGUUUUUCUUACUGUACAUGUACGCAACGUGCAUUAACAACAAAACCAAACACGGCGUCGCACAUGUCUUUUUCACGUUGAAAACCAUCGCAAUGUCACGUCACACAUUCGCUGGCAUACCUUGUUUCAUGUCUAUACUACUAUUCUUUCUUUUCUCCAGCAGAAAUUCUUAUGGAAAGCAGACGGGAAACAUGCUGCGUCUGUUAGGUCUGUCUUGUUUUCCCUCCUUCCAUUUUUACUUUUGUUUUGCUAGUGAUUUCUGUGUAAUACGAUAUCGACGUACAGUAAGAACCAAAUAAAAUAUCUGAAGUGCU